AUGAAUGAAGACUUGUUUCAAGGUUCAACACCUGGCUCUGCUGGCACUAUGUCUAAAAGUGGUUGGUCCAAUUCUACCAUAUUCCUUGAGUACUUGGAACGUCAUUUUGUACGCUACAUUCAAAGGCAAAAUGCAAGUCAGCCAAUCCUAUUGAUAUUUGAUGGACACAAGUCGCAUAUCAAUGUUCCUGUACUAGAAUGGGCACAAAAGAAUAAUGUGCUUUUGUUUGUGCUUCCUGCCCAUACAAGCCAUUGCCUACAACCCUUGGAUAUUGGAUGCUUUGGUCCCUUACAAAAGAUUUACAAUAACAUGUGUCAAACAUUUGUGACGGACAACCCAUCUUCCAAAAUCACUAAAUUAAAUGUAGCUGCACUGGCUUCAAACGCAUAUGUCAAAGCACUCUCUAACAGCAAUCUAAAGGUGUCUUUUCAUAAACCUGGCAUAUAUCCUCUCGACAGAACAGCAGUCCCUGUUGACAACUUCAAGCCCUCCGAGCCAUAUGUCGGUUUAGACCCUACACCUGUCCCAGCUGCGGAUAAGUCUGACGUUGACUCAUAUUUCAAGGCUGCAGAGUCUGUUAUCGAUAAAAAGAAACAAUAUAAAAAAACAUCAAUCAAUAAAACACUAAGUAGUGUUGUUUCCGCGCAAGAAAUUACCCGAUCAGACAUAUGCCAGGAAAUUGUCAGCAAAGCACAGUCCCAGCCUUUGUGUGAACCGCCAGCACCCAAGAAGCGCAAAAACAAUUCCAACCUGAAAGUCUGUAAAAGGUCUGUCAGCUCACAAAAACACAAACAAUCCUGUUGUUACCCCAUUCCAGAACCGGUUCCUGGUCCAUCAACCAUAAACUUAAACCUUCAGUCAGAUUCAUAUUCUGAUGACUCUGACUCUGAUAUUGCUGACGAGGAUAAGUGCUGCGUUUGA